UGUAGUUCGUACAUUCCGUCAGAGUAGACGCCGCGAGGCGGACUGCAUUGCCGUUUUAUCCGUCACGUGCCGCGUUAAACAGCAUUUAACACUUUUAACGUAACCUAACAGUACUUUUUUGUAAUUUUUUGUAUCGAGGAAUUGUUAAAUCAGUGUCAGUACAAAUUUUAAAAAUGUGAAUCAUUAAUAUGACAGUUUACAGUGCACAAGUUAAUGCAAAGUGACACGGUGUUUGUAAAGUUUUUAAGUGUUUUCAUCGACUGUGAUUGAGAUAGGAUGUCUGCUUUCAAACUGCGAUAGAUUCGUUGACUAAAAUAGAUACGACUAAUCGGCUCCAUAUGAAUGGAACACGGUUUUUACAAUAACAAAUGCAUGGAAGCCAAUGCUUUACGUAAAAUUUUUAAUUUUAUUUUUAUAAAAAAAAUAUCAAAAUGCGUAGCACCUGGAGCUGGCACUUAUUAAUAGUAACAGCCGGAAUCAUGGUAAUAUGCUCGAACGUUACGGCAUAUAGCAAUCCAACGAUAGCAGAUACAGUAACGGGAGGCCCCAUUAUUAAACCAAAUCACAAAGAAAUAAUUUUAAAAGAAGGGCAGAACUAUACAUUGUCUUGUAAAUGGAAUCGUCCCGUUCAAAUAAAGCAACAAGAUAUCGGGGAAGAGAAUACAGGGUCUUUCGAAAUGUUAUUAAGAGACAUGCCCAGUUCAAAUGAUACAAAUGAAUUCGAAGUCGCCCUCGAUCUGUACAACGUUGAUAAAUUCACUGUUGGCUAUUACGCUUGUUUUGAUAGAUCAGUAAACGACGCGUACUUUUUAAAAAAUAUGAUGGUUGAACCUGAAAACACGAAUAAUAUUUCAUAUAUUUACAUAUAUGUCAAUGAAACGAAAAGUUUACUGGCACCUAUGAGAGAGGUUAUUAUAACGCGAAAUGAUAGCACGAUAUUAAUUGAAUGUAGACCUACAACGCCUGACGUAAAUGUUACGUUGUUUCGGGAAUUUGCAGACAAUGAAUAUCAGGUGUACAAUUUUAGCCCUAAAAUCGGGUUUACCUUCGAUAACAAUCUAUUGGAUGUUACAUUAUCUAUUUUCACUUGCGUCUUUGAGAGACGAGGCUUAAAGGAACAAAAAAGCUCCGUUUAUUUAAAUAAAUACACGAACAUAGAUCCGCCAAAGCCAGCCAUCAACGGAAGUGACGUCUUUUUCAUAAAGGGCGAAACCUUUUCGCUUAAUUGCACUGUUGCGUAUAAAACGAAUUCAGCAGUCAAAUUAACAUGGAGCGCGGACCAAAUGGUCCUAGAGGUUAGUUUUGCUACUUCCAAUUUUCGUGAUGGUAAAAAGUUAGAGGAUUCGAAAAAAUAUACCAAACGUAUAUUACAAAACUUUAGUGGUAUCUAUCUAACUAUAAAUAAUCUGACUGUUUUUGACACUGCAAACUACACCUUAGUUGGUAGCAAUCAGUACGACACUGAUAAUUUUACAUAUGAUGUAAAAGUGGCAGGUAGACCAAUUAUUAAAUUUGGUUCAGAAGCCGAUAAAGCGUUUCUGCUAGGUUCGUAUGCAUCACUGAAGUGUGAUGCAAUCGCGUAUCCUUUGCCGAGUAUAAAAUGGAUAUUUACUAGUGAAAAUGGCGAGGAAGAAUCUUAUCUGGCAAAUGAUACAAGAACAGAGUCGCUGAUAAAAGUAUCUUCACAGCUGAAAAUACCUGUAUACAAUUCUGGAAAUAUCACUUGUUAUGCGUAUAAUUCUGAAGGUAGUUAUUCUGUCACGAGAAAUUUCCUCGUGUAUGAGGUAUCCGGUGGAUUUGGAGUAAAAGACGCUGAUAACACUUGGUUUUCCGAAGGACAAUAUGUUAGUGUGGAAUGUUAUGCUUCAAAGUAUAAUUUUGAAAGUGUUAGAUGGAUAAGAGAAGAUAACAAGUCAAGAGGUUACAAUGUUACCAAUAAAAGUUCUCCCUUUUCUUUAAUUUCAAAAUUGGAAAUUGAUAAAAUAUCACUCGAAGAUUCUGGAAACUACACUUGUUUUGGUGAAAAAUAUGAUAGUUCAAAUGAAAGCCAAACUUUAUACUUCGCGGUCGCAGCAACACGCCUGCCUAUAAUAACAGAACCGGAAAAAGAUGAAGAUGGCGAAGUAAUUCCUUAUGAACCGUUUUCGAUUACUUGUAAAGCUAAUGCCGUUCCUCCACCUAUCAUUUAUUGGCUUAGGAACGACGAAGUGGUAUAUAACGAUACUAACUUCAAUAUUUCCGAGGAGCGCAUAAACAAUACGCACGUAUCGUCGAGCGUUAAUAUAAAGCAAGUAAUAGACGAUACCAAGUACGAAUGCUUCGUUGAAAGUGGUGGUACUGUUGUCAGCAGAUCAUUUUAUAAAACCGUAAAAGGACAGUCACGUAUUAAGUCUGCGGUGUACUUGAGUAUUAUAGGUGUAGUAGUAUUCUUAUUAAUUUUGUUAAUAAUAUAUCUGGUAUGGAAGAUACGUAAAGAGAAACAAUUUAGAAAAGAGUUAGCGGCGGCUGGAUUGCUAUACUUCAAGGAAGGAGUUACGAGAUCUCUGAAUCCAGAUCUUGGUAUCGAUGAGCAAGCAGAACUUUUGCCGUAUGAUGAAAGAUUUGAAUUUCCAGCAGAAAAGCUUAUUCUAGGCAAACAGCUUGGUGCAGGUGCUUUCGGAGUUGUGUAUAAAGCAGAAGCACGUGGCAUUAUCAAUGCCGAAGAGACAACUCCGGUCGCCGUCAAAAUGGUCAAAAAAACAGCAGAUAAUAUGUACAUCAAGGCGCUGGCUUCUGAGCUCAAGAUAAUGGUACAUCUUGGGAAACAUGUUAAUAUUGUGAAUUUGUUAGGUGCUUGCACUAAAAACGUUGGGAAAAGGGAAUUGAUUGUAAUCGUGGAAUACUGUAAGUUCGGCAAUAUACAUAACUACAUGCAGAAACAUCGAGAGGUAUUUAUCGACCAGCUAACUGAUAAUAAGGAGAAGAAUCUUGGCAAAGAUAACAGGGCUUUUUUGUACAGCACUGGAAGUAGUGGUAUGCACUCGGACUAUUUUGGAUCCAAUCACACCCAAGAAACGGAUCAUACUUUUGUGAAUACCGCCAAUACAAACAGAUCUGCCAGAAAAGUUUCCGAGACUGGCUAUGUUCAACCGGAAUGGCGAUCGAAUUACGAAAGCGACUAUAGUUUUGAAGGAAGGAACCCGCGACCGUUGACCUCGAGAGAUUUACUAGCAUGGGCCUUCCAAAUUGCAAGGGGCAUGGAGUACUUGGCUAGCAGAAAGGUCCUGCACGGAGAUUUAGCAGCAAGAAAUAUAUUGUUAGCUGAAGACAACAUAGUAAAAAUAUGCGACUUUGGCUUGGCAAGAAGUAUUUACAAAAACGACGAAUAUAAAAAGCAAGAAAAUAGCCCUCUUCCAGUGAAGUGGCUGGCUAUUGAAUGUAUGACGGACAGAAUAUUUUCUACGCAAUCUGAUGUGUGGUCUUUUGGAAUUGUGUUAUGGGAGUUAUUUUCUCUUGCGAAAACACCGUAUCCGAAUGUCAGUCCAACAAGUCUCGUACAGUGGCUUUCAGACGGAAACCGACUUGACAAACCGCAGUAUGCAGAUAAUAAGUUAUAUGACGUUAUGCUUCGUUGCUGGCAACAGAAGCCCACCGCGCGACCAAACUUCACUCAGUUGCAGGAGAUCCUUGGCUCUUUUCUCGAGGAUAAUGUGCGAAAUCAUUACGUCGAUUUGAAUUCAGCGUAUAUGGAUCUGAAUGUGAAGGUAGAUGGGCAAGAAGACUAUUUGGCAAUGGUUUGCGCGCCUGACUACAACAACAUGGUGACGCCUAGCCCUCAUCACUAUGUAAACGAAUCUAAGAGCUUUUUCCCACCGACUCCAUCGAUUCAGCAUGAUGAUGAAGGUUAUUUACAAAUGAGCCCAACGAAACAAUCCAUUUUUAGUCCACGAGCCCAGAAUGUUAAAUUCGAUUUUGACGGUCGAAAACUGAAUUCAAGGAUAUCAGAUACAAGUCAGGGUUCCGAGUUGACUCCUAUGUUAACUUUGAACAACUUGCCAGCCAGGAGUGGCUCAGAAUCCGACUGUGACGGUAAUGUGUCUCCAUACAUGAAUAUGUGUCCGAGAAUCGAAGAGGAAACAGACGAAGUUUUCGACACGAAACAAUAUAAUUUUAAGAACGCACAAAAUAAGCAGAAUAGUGCUGUAACGAAUCCCACUUAUAUAACAUUUGACGUUGAUUUGGAGAAGAAACCCCAGAACAUUUCCAAUAAUUAUAUUAACGUCAAUGUGCCCAUGGUCUAGUCAAAUAGAUAAUUAUCUUUAUUAACGUGUAAUAUUUUCUAUAUGGAUUCUUAUUGUUUACUCUACUUAUAUGUCUGAAAAUUCUUGAUCUCCUUCUAAUAUUGAAUAAAUAUGUGUUUAUGGAUUAGUAUUAGAAAUCUCAGUAAUGGCUUUUGCAUAAUAAUCUUUUUUUUAGUUUAAAAUUACAAAGUUGAUAAAGGCUCUGUCAUUUUAAUUUAAAUCUUUUUGCUAAAUGUGCUAGAAUAAGUUACUAUGGAGGUAAAUGUAAAAAAGUAUAAAUGAGAGUUUAUAAGCUGUGUGAUAUUUUGGUUUAGAUAGAAGGUGGUAAGAUAAUGAAACGUUGGUACUCCGAGUAAAUUGCUAUAUAGAGACAAUUUAUUGGGCUACAAUGGAGCCUUUUUUUUGUUGUCCCACCAUUUAAUAUUUUGUAAAUAGAAUACAUAAAUACGUACCUUUAAUGUAAGCUGAAUAUAUUUUUAUGUUUUGCAUUCCUUUA